AUGCUCUCAUGUGCGCGUAGUUCACUGUCCUGGUCGACACCACGAAUACCUUCUUCAUUGCGCAGCUAUGCCAUUUCAGUUGAGCCACCAAAACUUAUGCCAGGCAAGCGCCUGCCACGCGUCUUCAAAGACAAGAAGGCCUUUCAAUAUAACUGGUAUUCACGUCUGCUGCAAGCCAGCUCUACUGCCCCCCUCCUUAUCCUCCACCACAAUGAUUUCACGGCGCAACGACUAAAGAAACUCCGCCUUGAUAUCUCGACUGCAUCACAGAAGUUUAAGCCUUCGCUAGCUGCCCCAGGUCCAUCCGCCAUACCUACCAACCCCGUCCAGCCAACGCUGACCGUCGUGCGGACAAGCAUAUUUGGUGCAGCCCUCAGGGACCUGCCCGACAUUAAUCUUCAAGAGGUCGAGCGAAUGAUUAACGGCCAGAACGGGGGAUUCGCCGUCCUCUCGCUUGCCUCCCUUGACCCUCCGCAAAUGGCCGCCAUUCUCCGAGCCAUGGACCGAAGUGUUCCUCCUCGGUCACCGAAAACGGAGGAUGAAAUAAAGCAGGAGCUUGCGGCGAAAAACGCCGAUCCAGCGCAGCCAGGGAGGAGGAUGAAGCGCGUGAGGCAGGUUCGGGUGCCCGAGCUGAAGUUGAUGGGGGCGCUCAUUGAAGGUCGGGUGUUCCUCCCGGAUAACGUGAAGGUCGUGUCAACUCUGCCGACAUUGGAUACUUUGAGGGCGCAGAUUGUGGGACUCUUGAGCGCACCUGCUUCGCAGCUAGCAGCUGUCCUAAGUGAAGCAAGUGGAGGAAAGCUGGCGAGAACGUUGGAAGGAUUGAAGAAGAGUUUGGAAGGCUCCGAGAAGGACUCUUCUGCCUAA